UCACUCGGCCGCCACUGCCUUCGGCAAAGAUGGCCAUCGAAACGACCCCAGUCACCAGUCCCAUAAUAACAGCGGUCUCUUCCUCCUCCUCCUCCUCCGAUGUUAUCAAGCCGCGCUCCCCCCUUGACGACCACCGACUCUCGUUCAACCACACCAAAGACCUACACGCUCAUUUAUCACUCGCUUCACAAGAUCCUUCCUCUGGCAGGCAAGAUCGAGGGCGUAGCAGAAGCAGAGAGUCGGAGAGAACAGUCGCCCCGGAUAACGAAGAGCUUCAGGUCACAGCCAUGCCGUCCGGAUCCGGCUUUCAGAACAUCGAGGAGGCCGGCGAGAAGGCUCGCAGGAGAGAUGACUGGAUCGCCAUCUCCAACUUCCAUCCAGGAUGGUUCUCCGUAAACAUGGGCACAGGUAUCACAGCCAUUCUGCUCCAGAACCUGCCAUACCAGUUUCCCGGGCUUCACUACAUCGCCGUCGUCCUCUUCGUCCUCAACGUAAUCAUCUUCUUUUUCUUUCUCACCAUCUCGAUCACCCGAUAUGCUCUCUGGCCGGAAAAGUUCAAGGCCAUGCUCGCUCAUCCCGCCCAUUCUAUGCUUCUUGGAACCUUCCCCAUGGGUUUCGCCACGAUCAUUAACUGCAUCAUCUUCAUUUGUGUACCUGUAUGGGGCGACUGGGCUGCCAGAUUCGCCUGGGGCCUGUGGUGGGUUGAUGCCACCGUAUCAAUCGCCAUCUGCUACUUUGUCCCCUUUAUGCUAAUGACUAAACAUACCUCUUCGCUCGAGACCAUGACGGCCGCCUGGUUGCUCCCCAUCGUGGCUCCCGUUGUCGCGGCCGCCUCUGGAGGAGUUGUCGCCGAUGCGCUCAAGAAUGACACCCACGCUCUCAUCACCAUCCUCGUCUGCUACGUGAUGUGGGGAUCCGCCGUUCCGCUUGCCAUGGUCAUCCUCGUCAUCUACUUCCAGCGUCUCGCUCUGCACAAGCUGGUGCCCAGAGCCGCCAUCGUCAGUGCCCUGCUACCCAUCGGCCCUCUCGGCCAGGGUGGCUUCGGUUUGAUGCAGCUCGGCGUCGUUGCCAGGCGUGUCUUCCCAAGACUUGACUUCCUCGCUCCCAUUGCCGGUGAGAUCUUCUAUGUCAUGGGCGCCUUCAUCGCCAUGAUCAUGUGGGGUUUCGGCCUGAUCUGGCUGUGGUUUGCCUUGGCCAGUUUCACCCGCGGCAAGUUCUACUUCAACAUCGGCUGGUGGGCGUUCACUUUCCCGCUCGGUGUCUUCACCACAGCCACCACACAGAUGGGCAAGGAGUUCAACUCUGUCGUCUUUGACGUGCUUGGAACUUUCUUCUCGAUUGUUGUCGCUGCCAUGUGGGUGAUGGUAUUUGCCUUGACGGUAUAUAAAUCAUGCACCAAAGAACUUUUCAAAUAG